GACUCCGGAGGUUCGCCUCCCCCCCAGCAGCAGCCCCACAGCCUUCGGUCCAAACGUCCGUCCAUCCACCAGUACAGGGUGAGCCACGUCGGGUCUCGCUUUCAGCCACACUAACUCACGUGUGGUCGGUCGGCCUGUGGCUGAGCCAAAAAGUUCCUGGGUUGUUUCUUCAAUUUGCGUCGAGCCCAACACCUCGCGAUAGCAGGUAGUUUGCAAGGGGACGACAACGCCUCUCGAACUUCCCGCCGUCGAGACGAAAUCACCCACCACAUCAUGUUUCGCACACGGCUGAGGAUACCCCGCCAGGGCCUGUCCCUAGGCCUGCGUACGACGGUCAACGCCCGGAGGAGCCUGCACCAGGUCCCCUCGCUGCCGCACGACUACUCUCAGGGCGUCCCGAACCUCAUGAGCCCCGGCGGAUUUGCGAUCGCGUGGACGGAUUACAUGUCCUUGAUGGUGGAGAAGCUCAAUAACCUGACGACGGGCACGGAUCUCGAGGACAAAGAUACCAAGUCGAUCGCGCUUCUCACCGCUCGCGAACCGAGCCAGGCACCCAUCUUCAACUACGCGUCCAUGGCGCACAACAACCACUUCUUCUUCCAGGGCAUCUCGCCGACAGGCACCCCGAUGCCCGAUGCCCUGCGCGAGGAACUCGAGGCUUCCUUCUCCUCCCUCGAGACGCUGCGCCGCGAAUUUGUCCUCACCGCCUCGGCCAUGUUCGGUCCGGGCUUCCUGUGGCUCGUCAAGGCCGGCCCCGGCGACUACCGCCUCCUGCCCACCUACCUCGCGGGUUCGCCCUAUCCCGGCGCCCACUGGCGCGCCCAGCCCUCCGACAUGAACACGGUCGGCCACGAGGGCACCGCCCGCGGCUACUUCAAAGACCAGGCCUUCGGUGCCCGGCGGCGGAGCAGCGACCUGCCCCCUGGCGGCAUCGAACUGGAGCCUCUCCUAUGUCUCAACACGUGGGAGCACGCCUGGCUGCUCGAUUGGGGCGUCGGCGCCGGCGGCAGCGGCGGCAAGAUGGCCUUUGCCGAAGCUUGGUGGGAGCUUAUUGACUGGGAAAAGGUGGCGCACAAGUCGGGUGUGCGAAGGCCAGAAUUCAAGUCCGCGUCAUCGUAGUGAGGCUGGCAGGGUCGUAAGGAGUCGGCCGGAUGAAGAACAUAGUGCUGAUGCAGCACCAGGGGCAUGCGCUCUCUGCAAUGCCUUGUAACAUUACUGUCUGAAAAUAGCCAGAAAAUUGCACAGGACAACGAGCGGGACUGGUAAGACCAGAACCUCUUCUUUCCACCUCGAACCGUGUUCGCUCUACCUUGGGGAUGGCCAGCUUUCUCCCGGCUGUCAGUUGUCACAUCAUGCUUGUCGAGCUACGAAGCAGCGGCCGGGCGGUUCAGCUCCAUCGAUCAAACCGGUGAAACAAAGCAUGGUCGCCAAAUACAAAGCAGCAUAGGAUUGACCAUACGGCAACAUCACAUUCAGUGUCUUGGCAUGCAAGCAGGCGCAUUUGAAGUUCCUUAUUCAUUGAAGUACUGCAUCGAAGAUUCGCAUAAAAG